UAAACCUUUUGUUUAUAUAAAGCUUUACAUAUUCUUUCACUUUGAAAGCAUGUGGGGAAAAAGUGGAAUUCAGUUAACUGGCAGCACAAUGUACUGUUAAAUAUUCUUAUGCAUAAGGUCUAAGUAGCCUUUAUUUUUCCUAGUUUCUGGUCUGACUGGCAGUGUGUUGGAAACAUAACCCACAGUUAGGAUGUAAUAAAGCAUAAUUCCAGUUUAGGUUUGGGCACCUCCAGUUCCUGAGAGUCCUAGAGAUAGUAUAAGUGCUUUCUGAUUUAAUACAAUGCUUGGACUUAAAAAGGAAAGAACCUGGGUGCCAGAGUGGAGGUGUCUGGCUUUGUUCAGCCUUGGCCAGGCUACAGGCGCGGACAGUGUAAAUCUCGAGCAAACAAGAUGAACCUAGAUUGUUUUUAAAGGGUAAAUCAAAUGUAUCAAUGAUCACUUUUUUCAAUGAUCAGCCUAAUUUCUACUAUUGUAGACUAAGUGCACAAGGAAAUACAUUCUUGUUUAACAAAACAUGUUUCUAGUGACAAGGUCUUUUUUUUUUCUCUACCCAUGAUGGUACAAUGAGAGUUGGCCAUCUAAACUGUUAAUGGUACAGAAAAUUAGUUUUUAACAGUGCUUCAAAUAUAUACAUUCAAUGAAAUCUCAUGCAAUACAGAAUACAGGCAAUGUUCUUUUAAUAACUGAUGAAUUGUCAAUUGUCCCCCAAAAGUUCCUACAGAAAUACUUUAAAAACUGCGUUAUUGCCUUUUGGUGUGGUUGGGUUCCUACCUGUUUGAAUGACAGCCUGGAUAUGUAUCUUUUGGAGUUCCCACAUGCUGGGCUGUUCUUUCUAAGUAUAUGCCCUCACUACAUCACAAUGGAUGGGGAAAGUGCCCUGAAGACCUCAUCACAUAGCGGGAGUGUAUGACAAGUCUAGUAGUAUCAAAUGUUAGAAAUCACUUCAUAUUAUGUUUUACAGGUGCGAAGUAAUAACUUAAGUCAAAUAAAGAUUAAAAAACUUACCUCUGCAGAUGUGCAUCCUAACUUUUCUCCCGACAGUCGUAUCUCCCACUCAGGAGGAAUAGAUUACAGUUCUAAAUGACGGUAGAAAAUAAAGGAGAAGAAAGAGGUAAGUUGUGUUAAUACAGAUCCCUAGUUCUCUGUAGAAUGGGAAACCCAGAAAAAAGAACUGCAUUUUGUGAUUGGUGGAUUGUCAAAGAGACAGAUGCUCUACCAAUUCUUUUUGCCAAUCAUUGUGAUUUUAUCUAGGUGGGUAUACCCUAAGAUAUUUUUCUAAUGAGAGAACGUUUUAUGCCCUAAAAUUUCCAGUUUCCAUUUUUUUUUGCUCUAGAGAGAUGCUCUACCAAUUCUUUUUGCCAAUUAUUGUGAUUUUUUUCUAUAGGGGCCUACCCCUUCUUGUGAGAGAACAUUUUACUCCCUAAAAUGUGCCAUUUCCAUUUUUUUUUGUUCGAUUAAACUCGGGGAUGACUAAAAUGGUUUGGUGUUGCCUGGAAACAGGUCUAAGCUUGGGAUCUGAAGAUACCCAAUGUCUACAGUGUGCAUUCACUUUUUAUGUAUAAUUCUCGGUUUUCAUAUUAAUCCACCAAUGACUCUUUGUGUAUUAGCGUUGCCAUCUUGUAGUCUCCUCACUACAAGGUGCCCAAACCUAAACUGGAAUUAUGCUUUAUUACAUUCUAACUGUGGGUUAUGUUUCCAACACACUGCCAGUCACACCUCAAGCAAGCCUCUGCCUUUUUUAAGUACUGGAAUGGGAGACAUCUAAGGCAUUGUGAUUGCUGUUUAUUGUUUCAACUGUGCCCAUAAUCACCAGUGCUAAGUGUUGCAUGUAACCGCUUACGGGUAUCUGCUUAUUGAUUUUUUUGUAUUCUGUGGUUUGUUUAAAAAAAAAAUUCCAACAACUUCAGCACACAGUGCUUGGCAUGUUGUCCUCACCAAUUAAGAAUUAAUUUCAGGCUAAAUAGGUAAUCGAAUUAUUGAUCAAUUUAUGAACUGACAGGUGGGAAUGACAAUGUUACUAGACAACUCCCACCAUGCUUUUUAUUGUUGAAUAAGUACAUUUCAGCUUACGCACCUGAAUGAAGACCGCCUUGAAAUUCCACUAUUUAACACAAGGUAAUUGUCAAAUAGAAAUUUCACUCCGCUUUAAGAGCUGAAUGCAAGUUACAUAAAAUGUGUUAAAUCAAAAACUGAUGGAAAAAUGGUUUCAUCAGGGAAUUCCAUUUCCAGUAGAGAUUUUCUCCAAUAAAACCAGGAAAGUGUGAUAAAAGUAAAAAAAAAAUAUACAGUGAAAUGAUUUAAAGUUAUUCCUCAUUCAUAAAUUAAGUCAGAGAAAAGGAUGGUUCUAUAUUUUUAGGUUGUGCUUUCUAAUAAAGAAAAACAUUGUCUGCUUAUAAGAUUAAUGUAACAAACUUUCCCAUGCAAUUAUCUCUGACCAAGACAGCUGACAUUUCUCAGUGAGGAAAUGUUUACUGAUAAUGUUGAGAACUGUUCUCUUAGAUUUCUGUGUUGCUGAAAAGGAAGACUUCAUCCCCUUGGCAAACUGAAAGCUGUCAGGCUUCUGUAAACAGGGCUAUGAGUUUCAGUUGUGCAUUGCCUCAGCAGGCAGAGGAUACUUGUUGCUGUUGUGAGAAUCUAACGCAUUUUUAAAGGAGUCAGUGGCCUCUAAGCCUUCGUUAUGAGAGGAGAUCUGUUUUUACUGGAUGGCCUCAUUAGCCUGCUGUGGCUGUCUUUACUGAGGUCUGCUCAUUCUCAACACAUCGCUGAAGAACCCUGCUCUUUACAGAUCCUCAUUCCAGGGCUGAAAGGAGAUGUGGGUGACAGGGGGGAGAAAGGAGCACCUGGGAGGCCAGGAAGAGCAGGACCCCCAGGAGAGGCUGGGAAUCCGGGAGUCAAGGGACAAAAAGGUUUAAUGGGCCGCCAUGGGAAAAUAGGUCCCAUUGGCUCAAAAGGUGAAAAGGGAGAUAUGGGAGAUGGUGGACCACAGGGGCCUAACGGGGAACCAGGUUUGCCCUGUGAGUGUGCCCCAUUAAGGAAAAUGAUUGGUGAAAUGGAUAUCCUUGUAUCCCACUUAACAAACGAACUAAAAUUCAUAAAAAAUGCACUGCCCUCCCCCGCAGCUGUCACUGGUGUGAAAGAGACGGAAAAUAAAAUCUACAUGUUGGUGAAGGAGGAGAAGCGCUACACAGAGGCUGAGGCUUACUGCCAGGGGAGGGGAGGACAUCUAAGCAUGCCUAAGGAUGAGGCCUCCAAUGGGGUCAUUGCCUCUUACAUCAGCCAGGCAGGUCUCAGCAGAGUCUUCAUUGGGAUCAAUGACCUGGACAGGGAGGGCCACUUUGCCUAUGUGGACAGAUCGCCUAUGACCACUUUUAACAAGUGGCGUGGCGGGGAGCCCAACAACGCAUAUGAUGAAGAAGACUGUGCAGAAAUGGUGGCCACAGGAGGCUGGAAUGACGUGGCCUGCCACAUCACCAUGUAUUUUGUUUGCGAGUUUGACAAGGACAGUGCAUAAUCUAACUAAAUUGAGUAGCAGUAUCUGCGUCGGUUUCUGUCAUUCAAAUGUUCAAAUUUCAAAGACUUGCUACAGUACAGUUCUUCCUCAGUUUGGUAAAAGGACAUGUGUACCAGUGUAUUGUAUGGACAUGACAUAAAGUGACACAAGGCAUUUUGAUUGGAAAGCCAUAUGUUUCUGAUGUGCCUUAAGUGAACUUGUGAACAAUACUGUAUAUCUGAUAAACCCUCAUUACUGGUUCAUCAGAAUCAAGCUGCCAUGUUAUUGGUAGUACAAGUAUUAUACAUGUAUAACAUAGUUUCUUUUAAUGAUAGUAAAAGAAACUAUCAUUUGAGACCUGUGUUUGACACUUUUUGAUUGAAUUGAAAACUGAAGAGGAAAAUUAACAGUAUUUAUAAUUCCUAGCUGAACAAAUAUUACUAUUUUAUUGCAUCACUUCUUACAUUCAUCUUAUUUACUUAUUGGAGUACAGCUGUAUUCUUCAGCACAUUAAAACACUGAAAACUUUUUACUUUUUGUAAGGAGAGGCAGUUAGGUAUAGGAACAUCAGAAUUUAAUUUGCUUUAGCAAUGAUAUCUUUUAAAAUAACCAUUUAACUGUUGCUCCCCCUAGCAUAUUUAUAUGAACAUAGAAAUUCCAAUGAUUUUUAGUAUGGAAAUAUCAAAAAUGGUUUCAACAUAGCUUUCUUAAAAGCUCCAUCUUAGUUUUGGGGAAUGUUACCUGAACACUUUCAGAGUUUUCUGAAAACUGCGUGGAGUUUAUGAUGAACGUUAGGGAGGAAUGACAACAGGUGAGUUCAGUCAAAUUCAGCUGUGGGUAAUUUGCCACUAUCAUUUCCUCACCUAAAACAUUUUAAAUACUUAACAGUACAUUCUCCUUCUCUCCAUUGCACUCGUCUUUUUGAAUCCCUCCCACAGCUCAUCUCCACACCUUGGUCACUCGUACUCUGCAUGGCAAUCCCAGCCUCCCCAUCCUCUGGCCUCGUCCUUGGCUGAACCAGUCAAGCGGGUUCAACCAAAUUUUGACUAAAACACUCCAGAAUCCUUUCAGUACCCUUCAUUCUUAUGUGUUGUUAUUCCAAGUGAAUAUAAUCGAUGUUAUGAAAACACGUUGUGGAAACGUAUUUGCAGACUGUAGCGCACAUUAUUUUUGCAUAAUUGCCACCUUUAUCAUUUGUGCUUGAUAAGUUGUACGAGAAAAUGUUGUGUAAGACCAGAAAUAAAAGAAACUAAGUGUUAAUGGGUUUUACAUUAUGUCUUCAAGUCCAGGGUUUGCUUUUCUACUUUUUAUGAAAAAAUAAAAUCAUGUUAGUGACUGA